CCGUGAUCAGCUGCUGAGUAAACACACAGAUCGAAGAUGUCAACAAAUGCAGAAAAAGUUACAGAACUUCGAGAAAGAGGCAAUGAGUGCAUGCGCGCCAGUAACUAUGCGGAGGCAGUAUUGCAUUAUUCACACGCUAUCAAACUCGAUAGCAGCUCACCACAGUUAUAUAGCAAUCGUUCCUAUGGGUUCCUGAAGCUCCAGCAUUUCUACCAUGCGCUUGAAGAUGCAAAUGAGGCGAUCAGGUUGGAUCCAAAUUGGGCUAAGGGAUAUUUUCGCAAAGCAGAGGUGGAGUUUGCCACCAAGCACUAUGAGGAUGCGCUCGAGUCUUACAGAUGUGCGUCUCAGCUGCAGAAGGAUGCCACACUACUUGAAUGUAUACUGAGAGCCAACAAAGAGAUGAUGCGACAGAAUAAAGUGGACCAGCAAACUCCAUGGGUGGCAGCGGGGAUCGGCCUUAUCCUAGGAGUGCUGGUGGUGGUGGGGGAUGCCGUUCUAGCAGAUGAACCCAUGCUUACGCAUCCAGUCCUACAGUCUAUCAUCACUAUCGUGUUCUCGGUGCUGGGCCUCAUGUUGGGCUAUUGCUACCGGUGGUACAUCAAAAACCAGCGUAAGGCCUUGUUAGAGCCACCCAUAGACUUAUUAGGUGACGGUGAAUCCAAGGAGGGAGCAGCGGAGGGGGAGGAGAAGGCCCCAGAGGAGAACGCCCAGGAGGAGACCCGCUCCCACACUCGGUACAGCAAAGCCCAGGCAAGAUACCGUUAUAAAAAGGGCAAGUCAUAGAGAGAAGUGUCCUGAGGGCUAGAUCUGCGAUGUACAUAUGCAUCAGACACUGUUGCAUCUGCUCACCAGGGAUCAACUUACAUUUUGGUACAUGUAGAAAGAGACAGAAAGAGAGAGUGAGAGAGACAGCACAUGCAUCUAUUUUUCACAUGCUAGGCCCGCAUCAGGGCAGCGGUACCUUGGCUUCAGAGCAAUAUUGUUGAUGUAGUUGCAUAUCUUGGUUUGAUUGGAAGGGUGCCUUGUGGAUUGGAAAAGGGAAAAUGCCUACAUGUAAGAAAAUGAAAGAAUGAAAAAUUGUCUCAAUUGAUUUACAUUUUUGAAUAUUAAGAGGAAAGAAAGAAGGCAAGAGACUUUUUACUUUGAGAUAGUUACCACAGCCAGAGGUGUGUAUUUCAUUUUCAAAUGGAAAAGUGUAGCAGAGUGCCCUGUGGACCAUACCCUUUUAUUAAUAGCAUUACUGUAACACUCGAGGCUCAAUGUACACUUUUUUCUUCUUCCUUCAAUAGACAUAGGACUUUUGUAUAGAGUAAGUGUAGUCAGAACACACCCAGACACACUCAAGGACACACAGGCACACACACAUACAAGAGAAGUUUUUGACUUCAUAUCACUGAGCUUUUUGGGCAGAUCAAAGGAAGGAGCAGAUUGAUGCCCAACAUCUGGACACUUUAUUCUUCAAGUAUUCAUUGUUAUCUUGCAUGUGGCAGGCUAGGAUCAUGCAGUGCUCUGUCAAGAAAUGCAUUCCCCUUCCUCUUCACCCCACCCGUUCUCUUCCUCCUUCACCUCUCUACUCUCUCUCUUUCUCAUUCUUUUUGCCUCCUCCUUCCCCUAUCUCUCAUCUAUCCUCAUCCUUCCCUCCUCCCCUUUCCUCUGUCCUCGCCUCUCUUCUUCACUCUCCACUCUUUUCCAUUCCCAUCCCUUUUCCUCCCCUCCCUACUUUUCUUUAUAGCUUUGAGUUUUCAAUAGUCUCCACUACCUGCAGUGCAGCUAUCCACUUAGAUCCAGAACACUUGGUUUGUCUUUUAGUGUUUAUGGAAAGAAAGUUUUUCUGUUUUGUUUUUUGGAUGUUUGAUGUAUGUUUGAGGUUGUAUGUUUCAUAACAUCACCUUAUAGUGGUGUCUCUAAUUGUUGAUUCACAUCCAUUCACGUGCAUGUGUGUGUGUGUGUGCAUGUUUGUGUGUGUGUGGUGUAUGUGUGUGCAUUUUUAUGGAUGUUUAUUUACAUAUCUAUAUGUAUAUAUUAUGUAUAUAUUAAGAGAUAUACAUGCACACACGUACACACACACAUACACACACACACACACUCACAUAUAUGUAACUUUAUAUGUAUAUUUGUAUCAGGGUUGGAAGAAAUCAGGGUGUUUAUGAACAUGAAUAAAAAUUUGAUUUAAAUUGAUUGUUUCUCAAAUGUAGGUAGAAUUGGAGAGGUAAGCAGAACAGUAUUAAAAAGUUUGGUAAAGAGUUGACAAGUCUUCAUAAAGAUGGGGAGACUUAAUAGGCCUAUUAUUAUAAACAGUGCAAUAAGAAGAGUACUCUGUUAACCAGCAAAGAAUUGUAAACUUAGCUUCAAUACCAAGUCACUUUUUUAACACUUUGAGUACCUUUAUUUGACCAAAAAAUAAUAUUUUGUUAAUUUAGAAAAAAUUACAAUAAUCAUUUAUAAAGAAUGAAUACAUACAUGUAUUACUCAUCUUUACACACAAGAGCUGCAGUGAAAGUAGGAUACAGCCUUAGAAACCAAUAGCUGCUAGGUGAAUAACACUUACAGAGAAGAAAGCACUGAGACACACCCCAAGGAGAGCAUCAGGGCAUACCAGACUGGUGAAAUAAAUCAUUUGUGAUAUUCUACCCCUCAUGUUAGCUGGUGUACUGGGCUUCAAGAGGGUAUAGGCAAUACAUGGAGAGUUUAAAGUCUUAGGAUGUUGCACAUGUCUGAUGGUGGUAGAUGGUGAUUAGGGAGAACCUUAUAUGCUUACAAACUGAGAUCCUGUACCUCCUUUAGUUAGCAAGCAUCCAAGGACCUAUUAUUGUGUUUUCUAGUGGAGGCCUAUUGAAAAAGGGACUAAGUUGAUUAUGAAUCAUCACAGAUAUUAUCAUGCUAACUUUACAAUUAGAAGACUACAGACUUGUUGACAGUACAGUGAACAACAAACAAGAAAGCAAAAAAAGUAAUGGUAAAAGAAUAAAUCAGACAUCUGAACAAAUGUAUACAGUAUGUGUGUGUAUAUAGAACUAUGUAAAGCCUUCCUUCCCCAGCUUUUUUAAAAGGUGCAAAAUGGCUUGGUCCCACUCCUGCAACUGUACCAGCAUACAAGCACUGACCAGCUGCCUGGUAUAGUUUUAGAGAAUGAAUGUCAAGUCAGGUACUCAAAGGGUUAAGAUAAGUCAUUCUAUUUACGUUGUCUUGGGUUCUCUUUGUUUUUCUUGUAUUGGCUUGACAAGCCUCUCAUUGGCUAUUUUGUACAAAUUGUGAAACUGUGCACUCUGUAGGGAAAUAGACCAUUUUAGGCACUAUUACAGUUGUUGAUGAAUUCAUGUGCAAUGUUUUUAAUACUUGUAUUUUAUCUUGCCAGAUAUUCUAUAACGUGGUACUUUGGUUUAAUAUUUUAUAUGCAAAAUAAGAAUAAUGACUCCUGUUGGUACUGGAUGGAUCACUGCCAUUUGGAUAUUUGCCAGUAACUUAGCGUGGAUUAUAGUAGUCCCAUCAAACUCUGGAACCAGACUUGAGCCUAGGAUAUCCUUCUUUUGGUCAGGUCUGGGCAUGCUAUCUAGAGAACCUGGGGUAUUACACAUAGAGUGUUCUUUACCAAAAUCCUGCUAAUCUAUUGCAAUCAACCAGGAUCUGUAAUCCAUGAUUGUCUAUUACAUAAUUUUAACAUCAUUUUAGAUGUUUUGUUGCCAGGCUCGACCUAACCUGGCACAGUGUAAUUAUGAUGUAACCGAAAUGGAAGGCUUGGCAGCUCAGGGACCAGGGCUAAGCCUGAAUAAUGGAAUCUGGACUUUAUCCUCAUCUGUAUGUUUUAUAUAGUUCAGUAAAAAUACUAUAAUCAGAAUAACUAAUCCUCACAUAAUAGAAAUCUAAACUUAUACCAUAAUGUAAGGACCCCGAGACAUAUCUGGGCAUGUGAUUGAGGUCUUUAGAUUUAUGCUUUAACAUAAUAUGGCAACAUUAAGAGUUUUGUGUGUGGACAUAGUUGACAGGUUGGUGCAAAAAAAGGCCUCAUUGUUGUGUUUCAUCAUCCCUGUACUGUCAAUUAUUGAGCAGCAGAUGGGCAACUACUGUUGGGUCAACACACAGAUGUACUAGACACAGGGUUGGUUGAUGUAAAGGACAAUGGGUUGGCAGAUUACUGUGUAGUGAGUCAUUAGAUGCUGGGUAGUGGGCCAGCAGAUGUACAGGACUGUGGGUCAGUAUUAAGCAGAUAUACUGAAGAGUGGGGGAACAGAUAUGCUGAGCAGUGAGUCAUAAGAUGUAUGGGGUUAUAGGUGAGAACUGAAGCAUACUGUUGCUAUAUUGUUAUUCAAAAAUGACUAAAUGCUUCAAAUAUUCAUUACUGUUUCUUGCCAUUAUUAUUUGAAUUACUGAAAAUGAACUAAAGAAUUACCUUGGACUAUACAUACUACUAAUUCUUGCUUUCUUUCAUAUCUGUUUUUUGAAUCACAGUUGUGUGUCAUCACUGUAGAUACUGGAGAAAAAGGCCUGCUUGCAAGAGGGGCCUUCUUUUAUAGCAUUUGGUGCUAAUUUAACUCAAGGGUGGCCAAACUUUUUAUUAGUUCCAGCAUGAAGAUUAUAUGAGAUGCUAGUCUACAGAUAAUUUGGAGGUGAUGAGUCAUUAUAUAUGCUUAAAUUGUGUAGAUAGAUAAUUAGAUCACCUAAUUGAUAGGUAGACUGGCAGGUAGAUAAAUUAACAGAUAGAUUAACAAAUAUUAAUGUAGGCAGGUAGAAUAUACAUGAUGCGCCUGUGUUUCCAAAGAACAGAAUGCAGUUAUAUUGACUGACAAAAAAAAGGGAUGGUAAAGAACUGAUGUGAUAACUGUGGUUUUACCUAGCUUGCAAAAGAAUUAUUAGUGAAUUUACACUCUUCAAAAAGAAAACCAGUCAGAUCUGUUUGUGAGAUACACCAUCUGGGCUGACACCUCAGUGUGUGCAAUUUUUUUCUGAUUACCUCACAAAAUUCAACUUAGCAAGCUCAUAUAUUAAUAAAAAACAAAAUUCCUACAAAAGUGGAGAUGGGGUAUAAUUCAUCAAAAAUGCCUCAAUGCUCUCUAUGAGGCAGAUGGAGGGAUAUUCAUUAUUUUUUAGUUAGGUGAAGGUGUUUUCACGUGUGGUUCCUGCCUCAGACUUGAGACUCAGAACCAGCAGUAAAACUUUUUAUGAUUAUUCUCUUGUGAUGAAGGUAUAUUUAAGUGAUAAAGUGGCUCGGGGUCCUUGAGUUACAAAACACCUUAUUAAGUAUCUGGACAAUUGAGAACAGAUUUAGGGACUCAAGAUUAUGCUGACUGCCUCCCACAGUUUCCUUUUAAUGGUGUGAUAUGCGUAUGUAGUUUGUUGAAGAUUGCUUUUAUAAGUAACUACUUUUACAGAAAAUAAGAAAGAAAGUGUUUACUGACAGCAGUAUAUAUUCAGAAUCAACAACCAUUGCAAAGAACUCUUAUGUACCCCAUGAGUAGAUAUUCUUUAUGUAAAGAUGUUGUUUUCUCUAAUUUAUUAAUAUUUGUAUGUGCAGUUAAACCCAUUAGUGCUAGAUACAUGCACAGCCCACUGUAGUUUUGUUCUGUAGAAGACUUCAAGACCACUUAGUCCAUUACUAUGCCUACUAACUCUACUGUUCACCCCAUCCCUUACAUUUUCAGGAAAAGUGCUUAUAUUUCUGAUAUUAUUGUUAUCAUUAACAUUGAUAUAACCAUUAUUGAUAAUAUUAUUAUAAUGUUAUUUACUACAGUAACAGUAAUAAAGGUAAAAACUACAGUGGACAGUAUAUGUAUGCAUGCACUCCCAACAUCAUUGGCUUAAGUGCAGUAUGUUGAUUUAAAGAGCCUUUUUUAAAGCAGAUUUAUGAGGUAAAUUUUUUGUUUUUGUAUAUGCCAGCCCUGAUAUAGAAUAAAUGAAUAUAUAUUUAAAUUUAUACACACACACACAUCCACACACAUAUCCACACACACAUAUCCACACACAUAUCCACACACAUAUCUACACACAUAUCCACACACAUAUCCACACACAUAUCCACACACACACACACACACACACACACAUACACACACACACACACACACACACACACACACACACACACACACACACACACACACACACAUCCACAUAUACAUAUAUCCACACAUACAUAUAUCCACACACACAUCUAUAAGAAAUUAACUUUUUUGUGUAAAUCUUACUGUUGAACCUCAUUUCUUCAUUGUUUGUUUGUUUCCAUGGUUGUUUUGCACCAAAGAGUCUACAUCUGCACAUGGAAAUUGCAGAAUAGGUCAUUGUAUUUGUAAAAGAAAAAUCUAUUUCAAUGUCUUUUUAAAAAUUACUAUAGGAAAAAAAAAGUAAUACAGUAGAUCAUUUCUUUUUCUUCUUCUUCUUCUUCUUCUUCUGCUUUAUCUUCUUCUUGUUCAUAUUCCUUUGUAUGGAAAGCAGAAUUCAGAGUAGAAAGAAAAUUGCGACGAUGACCUACAGAACAAGAAUAGAAAGAAAAAGAGUCUCUGUAAAAUACUAUGUGUAGGGGAACUAGUCCAUUUUUGUGUCAUCGGAACAUUUCCAAUUUUGUGAUGUUUAUAACGUCAUUCUUUUAUAGGACGGUUAUAUAGUUUUGUGAUCUAUGGGGGAAAAGUCUUUAUUGUGAUUUUUUUCACCCUUUUCUCUUGCAAUUACUUGAUAUCUGUAAUGAAUUAUUAAAGAUUUCACCAGUUA